CUGGUGCAGGAAGGGCGGGCGUCUCAUCAGCUGGAGGGAAAAGGGCAGAACACGUCCGAGAGAGGGGAAACUAGUGGUUAACUUAGAGCUAAUACAACUGCAACGGAGAUUGCAGCCCAAAAUCCGGAACAGAAGUCCAAAGUAACGAGGAAAAUAACUUCAAACCAACCAUGUCGCAGGAGAAUCUAGCCUUAGUCUUGAACUGUGGAGAGCUGAAACUGGAAAAGCGCCCAGUUCCAGAGUUAUGCCCUGGUGAUGUGCUGCUGAAGAUUAAUUCUUGCGGCAUCUGCGGAACCGACGUCCACUUCUGGCUGGAAGGGAAAGUUGGAGAUUUUGUUGUCAAGAAGCCCUUCGUACUUGGGCAUGAAGCCUCAGGGACUGUGGUGAAAGUGUCCUGUGGUGUGAGCCAUCUGAAAGCAGGCGACAAGGUUUCUAUUGAGCCUGGGGUCCCCAGGGAGAAUGACGAUUUUGUUAGAAUCGGACGUUACAACCUGUCCCCGACCAGCUUCACAAGCGGCAUUCCUCCCGAUGAUGGUGCCAUGUGUCGAUUCUAUGUCCACAAAGCCAACUACUGCUACAAACUCCCUGAAUGUGUAACGUUAGAAGAAGGUGCUUUAGUUGAGCCACUUUGCGUCGCAUUACAUGCCUGCCACAGAGGACGAGUAAAAGUGGGUCAGAAAGUUUUCAUCUGCGGAGCUGGACCAAUUGGCUUGAUGACCCUUCUUGCUUGCAAGGCCAUAGGAGUGACUCUGACUGUAGUAUGUGAUUUGUGUCAGGACCGUUUGGAAAAGGCAAAAUGCUUGGGAGCCACCGUUGUCUUGAAAGUGGAUAAGUGCACGUGCCCUAUGGAGUUGGCCCAGAAAGUAAAGUCCUCUCUCUGCGCCAUGCCUGACGUGUGCAUUGACUGCACUGGGGCCGAUACCUGCAUCCAGGCUGGUGUCUAUGCUGUGAAACCUGGAGGUAUUGUUGUGCUGGUUGGUCUGCAAUGUAACACAUCAAAUGUUCCCGUGUUACAUGCAACUGUCAGAGAGGUUGACAUCCGCGGGAGCUUUAAAUACACAAACACGUGGCCCACAGCCAUCGCCCUGAUCGCUUCGAGGAAGGUGGACGUGAAGCCUCUGAUCACUCACCGCUUCCCGUUGGAGCAAGCCCCAGAAGCAUUCGAGUGCGCUAAGAAAGGCGCCGGGAUCAAAAUCCUCAUCAACUGCGAAGCACAGCAGCAACAGCAGUGCCCAUCCCUCUGCCCAACGCUGUGCCCACCACAAAACCAAUGCCCACCACCACAGGUCCAAUGCCAAACAAAGCAGUGCCCUCAGCACAGCUUCUUCUGAUAGUGGCUCUUACCCUUUGACAUUCUUGACCACUGAAUAGGUUACCCUUCCCAUCGCGAUUUGAAACACCGUGCUGUAAUUUCCCAGACAACAGGCCUUCUGCAAUAAACAAUGAGUAUAACUGCACUGCAGGUCUCUGGU